CAUGCGCGCGCACGCGUAUAUAAGUAGUUUUCGUUUUCGUCGUUGUUCCGCUGCUUCUAUAGCGUUCGAAAACGAGUUCUUGCAACCAGCAGCGAUGGCGGUGUGGCAGGACAGAAGGCUUAGUAAUCGGAAGGUCCAGAGUUCGAUCCCCGCUCGAUUCCAAAUUUUUGAAAAUUUUUUUUUACCAUAAAUUUUUUUUCAAGUGUAUUUUAUUAAUAUUAUUUUUAUUUUUCGAAUAGUAUGCCGAAUUAGGCGAGGCGAAGCCGAGCCGUUCAUAAUUUAUAUUUCACUCGAUCGACAUUACUCCCCUUGGUGAGUUCAGACGGAGGCUGGACAUUUACCGUGUAUGUAGCACUUGCGGUUGUUUAUAAAAAAAUUGUACUCACCGAGGCCGAAGGCCGAGGGAAGUUAACCGACAUAGUAUGAACGACAAAGCGACCAGCGCAACCGAGGCGAAGCCGAGGUGAGCAGACACAACGCCCCCCAACACUAAAAACAGCAAUACAUACGUGAUAAAUAUCCCUUGUUGCUGAAAUGUAUGUAGGGAAUGGUAAAAUGCGUUUUCGUUUCUUCAUUCUUUCGUUAUCGUUUGUUUUCCUUCGGUUUUGUAAUCUUGCAAAAAAUUAUAAUUUUUGCCAAAAAGUGUAAAAUUUUAGUAUAAUUUGAUUAUGAUUAUUGAUUCUAUUCUACAUUUUGAUUGUGCGGCUUACUCGAUAUAUAUCCUUACUUUAGAGGCGCGAAAGUGAACAUCAACAUAUCAGAACCAAUUCAAUUUGUUUCUUGACCAAUUUGCUGACGAAGUGAAAAAGUGGACAGAUGAAUAAUGUUAAUGCUGUUGGUUACUCCGGCAAUAAAUCGUACAAUUUAUAUUACUUCACCAAGACUCGUAAUCUAAGAUGUUCUUGGCCCCAUAAUAACUUGCUCAAAAGUGCCAAAGAUGAAAAUGAUUUGUUGCGAAGUAUUCUUGAACAAAACGUAGGUCCAGACCAGCGCCAAGUGUUUAAAAAUGAGAAUUUGCAAGAUUUGAAACACCUUUUGAAAAUCUUUCUGAGUCGUCAUAGAAAAAUACGUUACGGACCACUUUUAAGAAAAUGUACUUCAGCAAAGAAAAGAGAAGACCGUGCCACGUCUGCAGAUUUACGUCCGCUGAGUCGACAAGUUUUGAAGGAAUUUCUCCAUAGAAUAAUUUUUAAUGUUAUUCCUACGGAUUUAUUCGGCUCGAAAGAAAAUCAAUUGCAAUUUGAACGAAAUCUAAGACAAGUGUUGAGAUUUGGUAAAUUGCAAGUUUACACUUUGAAAAUGCUGAUGAAUAAAAUAUCUACGAAAAAAGUGAAGUAUUUAAAACCCUUUGCGGAAAAUUUUCAAAGGACGAAUUUAAUGGCUAAAGUUUACAUCUGGAUACUGAGAAUAUACAUUUUCGCCGCUAUUAAAUGUAUUUUUUACGUUACUGAGAAUAAUUACAGCAAUGAGCUUUUCUUUUAUGACAAGCAAACGUGGCAGAAAAUUCAACAAAAGUGUCUAAACAGCAUAAAAAAAGAAGUAAUUAGAAAAUAUGGAAAUUUCCCCGUUAACAGUCGAACUAUUACGUCGAGAAAUAUUUUCAUAUUGAGAAUUUUGCCUAAAAUCAAAGGAAGUCGACCGAUUUUUGUCAGAUGGAAAAACGACGAGUAUGCAAAACUCAGAGCAGCUCAUGAAGUACAAGUUAUGAAACAAACUUUAUCUCAAGUCGCCUCCUUGUGUUUUAAAAUGUCACAAACCACUUCUGAAGAAUUUCACAACAGAUGGCUUAAUUUAUAUUACGCAUGGCUGUCGUUGGGAAAACCUCCGGUUUAUUUUGUGAGGGUGGAUUUUGUGGACGCUUUUGGAAGUAUAAAACAAAGCAAACUUAUUGAAAUUAUCGAAAGAUUAAAUAACCAGUAUCCGUUGAAGGAAAUUGAAUAUAGUUUUCAAUAUAAAGCGAAAAAAAUUACCAAAGACGAUGCUUUCAAAAUUUUGCAGAAUUAUAUUUCAAAUUUUUUAUUCAAAGAUAAUAAAACGAUAUAUAAAUUGACUCGGGGAAUAUACCAAGGUGGUGCGUUGUCUAGUCCCCUUUGUAACAUUUAUUUUUCUGAAAUAAACGCCAAUUAUCUAGUCGAAUAUUUGAACGACCCCGUUGGAUUUUUCGUUCAAAACUGUGACGAUUAUUUAUACAUUACCAUGAAUCACACGAAUGCCAUCAAGUACCUAAAUAGAAUGCAAGAAGGUUUUCCUGAAUUUAACAUGAUGAUAAAUACUUCCAAAACAAAAACCAACGUUUAUGAUACUUCAGAAUACAUGACAGAUUUUGGAAAAUUCCAAAUAAAUGUAAAUUCCUUUCAAAUAAGCAGUUGCUUUAAAUCCUACCAAGGAAUCAAAACAUUCCACCGCUCGACGUUUCGUUCCCUUGCAUCUCCUGGAGAAAUCUUAAUGCGAAGAUUAUUAUUAUUCUGUACAAUGAAAGUGGACAAGAUUUAUUUCGAUUGCACGUAUAAUUCUAUUGACACUGUGGCUUACAACGUUUUUCUACUAGCUUACUUAGCAGCUAUCCGCUGUGUAUCAAUGAUGAAAGCCAUAUUUACUAAUUACAACCGCAAAUAUAUUUUUGACUGUGUUGAAAAGUGCACUUUCCGUUUAUCAAAAGCAGUAUCAAAAAAAGUCAAUCAACAUAAAGAUAUAUUCAAGGAAUCAGUAUUGCAGUGGAUCACUUUACAAGCCUUCUGUGUCAAAUUUAAAAAAAGUGGCAGAGUUUUAAACUGUUUGGGGGACAAAAUUCAACGCUACGCUUCGAUUUUAUGUGACAAUUUUAGCGAUCGACAAAAAAAUCUAAUCGUUGACAAAUUCUUUUGUGAACCACCACCGAACGUAAUGAGAAAUAUUUUAUAAAUUAUUUAAUUACGUAUGAUUGUAAUUUGAUUUUUAAAAAUUAUUCGACCAAAGUGUUUCAGUACAUAAAAAGUUUUAUUUUUGAAUUUUUAUAAUAUUUGUAUAUUGAAAAGUCAUUAAAUAAAUAGAAGAAAUACAGUGAAUGUAUAUUUAAAUCUGA